AUUUUUGGCAUCUUUCCUGCUUAAUGCAGAUGCGUAUGUCGCUUUCCUCAGCGAUCAAAUAGGUUCGAAAGAAUCGUUUAAAAGAACCGAUUCGUUUGUGGAUCAUCAGACAUCACUGUAGGAUGGACCUCUGAACAGACCGCAGUUAACAGGGGGUCUUUAGCAGAUCUUUGGGCUCAUGACAUCGGCAACAGACAUGGCACAAGAUGGAACGGAGGUCGUGGAAGAAACUGAACAAAUGAUAGACAAAAUGGAGCCGGAGAAUCCCAUUUCGGCCGUGGAUUCGAAAGAAAUGCGGGCUGUGGUUCUGACGGGCUUUGGUGGUCUAAACAAACUCAAAGUCACCAAGAAACCCAUGCCAGAGCCUCAGGAAGGAGAAGUCAAAAUUCGCGUGAAAACAUGCGGCCUGAACUUUCUUGAUCUAAUGGUGCGUCAAGGAAAUAUUGAUAAUCCUCCUAAAACCCCCCUUGUGCCGGGAUUUGAGUGUUCUGGGAUUGUGGAAGCAAUGGGGGAAAACACCAAAGGGUUUGAGAUAGGUGACAGAGUUAUGGCCUUUGUGAACUACAAUGCCUGGGCUGAGGUUGUGUGCACGCCAUUGGAUUUCGUGUAUAAGAUCCCAGACGACAUGACGUUCCCAGAGGCUGCUGCUUUCUCCAUGAACUUUGUGGCUGCGUACAUGAUGUUGUUUGAAGUGGCCAAUCUCAGGGAGGGAAUGUCUGUGUUAGUUCACUCAGCAGGAGGUGGGGUGGGUCAGGCUGUGGCUCAGCUGUGUUCCACCCUCCCCAACGUCACUGUGUUUGGAACCGCCUCUCCCUUCAAACAUGAAGCCAUAAAGCACUCUGUGACGCAUCUCUUUGACAGAAACAUUGACUAUGUUCCAGAAGUUAAAAAGAUAUCUCCAGAAGGAGUAGAUAUUGUAUUAGACUGUUUGUGUGGAGAGAAUACUGGAAAAGGUCUGGCUUUGCUCAAGCCAAUGGGAACCUACAUCCUGUAUGGUUCAUCAAACAUGGUGACAGGAGAGACCAGAAGUUUCUUCAGCUUUGCCAAAUCUUGGUGGCAGGUCGAGAAGGUGAACCCUAUCAAACUCUACGAGGAGAAUAAGGUCAUGGCUGGAUUCUCUUUCCUGAACCUUCUAUUCAAGCAGGGCGGAUGGAGGCAGGUUAAGACAGCUGUAGAGAAACUUCUGUCCCUCUAUGAACAGAAGAAGAUUAAACCUAUUGUAGAUUCCUUAUGGGCUCUUGAGGAGGUGAAGGAGGCCAUGCAGAGAAUCCAUGACAGAGGAAACAUAGGGAAGCUCAUUUUGGACGUGGAAAAGUCUCCCACGCCUUUGAUGGCCAAUGACAGCACAGAGACCAGUGAGGCAGGUGAGGAGGAUGAAGAACAUGAGGGAGAUACAGAUAACAAGGAGAGAAUACCCUUCAUUCAGUGAAGCUGAUGUCCCAACCAGAGACUAUCAUGAACCCUGUGCUGUUGUAAAAUGUGUGUUGCGUGAUGUCUCUCUUUUUUGUCUGUAUUUCAAAUAGGUUGAAAACACUUACUGUGGUCCGUGUUUAUUGUUCGACUGAAGUGCUAUUCUUAGUGCAGUGUUAAAACGUUCCAGUGUUUUAGACCAUAAUGUUAUUGUUAAAUAGACUUUUUCUGGAUGUUUUUGUGGCAUCUCGGAUGCUUAUUCCGGCCUGUCAGUCAGUGAAGAGAAAAGCAACAGAAUUAAAACUCACCAAGUGCCAAAUGCAAGAGAAAAUUGGCAAGCUCGUAAGUGGCCAGUAACUUUGUGAUAAUGCGAGAGCUGUUCGGCCGGUUUUGUUAAUGUGCUGUUGUUAAUGACGUGAGUAUAUUAAAUCGAAACCAAGUUUAUUCUUCAAGAAUCAAUGAGAUACAAAAUUAGUCUUUGUUUUUGUGUAAAAUAUGUUUACAUUUAUCCAUUUCUUCAUCAGAAAGUGUAUCGCCUCCACACCCAUAACCUUAGCACUAUGCUUUACCUGGUACAGUACAGAGACACUGUGUAGUUUUUUAUGAAAACAAUGCAAAAUAGGAUUCAUGACCGCUACAUUUUCUUAGUCAAUAGGCUCACAAUUAUCAAGUGUAGUUUUUAUUAAACCCUGGUUGUAAUUCUGGGUAAAUAUGGGUGUGAAAUAACGUAUGACCGUAAAUGAGAGCAUUAGUGCUAGCAUUGUGUUUUUUGACUGAAAGAUGAAAAGAAACUGGGAAAAGCUUUUUGUUGUAAUUUGAGUGAAUGCGCAGAGGAGGAUUUUUCCCCCUGUUCUCUCUAUUUUUGCGUCAUGCUUCGUGUACCUCAAGUCAUGACUCACAAUACUUAAGCCUUUAAGAUAUUUAAAUGACUCAUAAUCAGCUUGAUGUCAAAGGCCCUCAAAAUGUCUUAUCUUAAAGGUCCAGUGUGGAAUUGUGGUGAGGUUGCCAAUUGCAACCAACUGCUCACUCCACUCCUCCACAGGUUUACAAUGACAUGAAAGUUAGUAAAUAUUGAACGAUUGUUUUAGAGUCCUUCUUGAAGCACUUUGAAGUCAAGCACAUCCUUAUCCAACAACAACAACAAUGCCUUUUGUUGCAACAGUGCCUUUGUUGCAUACAGUAUUUGCAGUGAAGGGGAGAAGAUUUGUCAAUAUUUGUUUUACUUUAUUAACAUCAGACAAUAAUUUCAAGAGUAGCCAUAAUGAUUUCAAAUCCCUGUUUCAGGUCGAAAUAUACUCUAAAAAACA